AUAAAACAUUUUUUUUUAAAAAAAAUCCAGCCUGCAUGACCGUCACGAAGAUGUCAUGGAAUCCUCAGUACCGGAGUUCUAAAUUCCGCCACGUUUAUGGCAAGGCCGCCAGUAAGGAGAACUGCUAUGACAACGUGCCCAUCACCCAGAGUGUCUACGACAACCAGUUUUGUGCUGUCAAUCCUCGUUUUAUUGCCGUGGUGACAGAAUGUGCAGGUGGAGGAGCCUUUGUUGUUAUACCAAUCAGCCACACAGGAAAACUUGACCCACAUUACCCUCGCAUCUGUGGGCAUAAAGGAAAUGUAUUAGACAUCAAAUGGAACCCUUUUGAUGACUUUGUAAUAGCAUCAUGUUCGGAAGAUACCACAGUUAAGGUCUGGAAUAUCCCCCAGCACUUGCUAACAAAAAGCAUCAUAGAUGCCCAGAAGGACCUUCUUGGCCAUUCCAGAAGAGUGGGGCUUAUCGAAUGGCACCCAACUGCAAGUAACAUCCUCUUCAGCACUGGUUAUGAUUACAAAGUCAUGAUCUGGAACCUUGACACCAAAGAACAUACAAUUCAGAUGCCAGUGAAGACAAUCGGCUUCCAUACAGAUGUCAUCCUCUCGAUGUCAUUCAACACGGAUGGCAGCCUCUUAGCCACAGUCUGCAGGGACAGGAAAAUAAGGAUCAUUGAUCCACGAGCAGGAACCAUCUUUCAGGAAGCUAGCAGCAAAUCUCACCGAGUGAAUAAAGUUGUGUUUCUAGGAAACCUGAAAAGGCUGCUCACCACAGGGACAUCCAGGUGGAAUAAUAGGCAGAUUGCUUUGUGGAAUCAGGAUGAUCUUUCUGUGCCUUUACAUGAGGAAGAUGUGGAUGGGUCAUCAGGCCUCCUAUUUCCUUUCUAUGAUACAGACACACAUAUGUUAUAUGUGUUAAGCAAGGGAGAUGGGAACAUCAGGUACUAUGAGAUAAAUGUGGAAAAACCAUACCUCCAUUACCUGACGGAAUAUCGCUCUCCUUUCCCUCAGAAAGGAAUUGGUGUUAUGCCCAAGAGGGGUCUCGAUGUCUAUGCCUGUGAGAUCUUCCGGUUUUAUAAACUGAUUCCGGUCAAAAGCCUGAUUGAACCCAUUUCUAUGAUUGUGCCUCGCCGGUCUGAAUCGUACCAGGAAGACAUCUAUCCAAUGACAGCUGGGGUCCAGCCAGCAUUGACAGCACAAGACUGGCUGAAUGGCACUAAUAAAGGUCCUGUCUUGAUGUCUUUGAGACCAGGCUCUGUGAUCUUGAAUUCUUUACCACCAUUUUUUGAAAAGGAGAUUGCCAUGGAAGGAACUAAGCCUGUCCAGGGCCGGGACAGAGUGAUUGAUACCACCGAAAAGUUGAAUAAAAUCCAAGAGAAAUGGGGGAUCAGGAAGACUGAGGAAAGACAACAGCAAAACAGACUAAUGAAGUUAUCUAACGGCGUUGAUGCAUACGAAUGUCCUCCACCUAAAACAGAAAAUGAGCUGCUACAGAUGUUUUAUCGACAGCAAGAAGAAAUUCGGCGGCUCCGUGAAGUGCUGAUCCAGCGGGAUAUCCAGAUCAAACAGCUACAGCUUGAGAUCAAAAACCUUCGUGUGGCUUCUCACCGAUUUUGACAGGCUAUCAUUUGGAGUCUCAGAACAGAUGUUGCCAGAAAUUA